UAUUCCACCAUAUCCAAGUGGCCGCAGACCCGACGAACAGCGGCGGUUGCGACUCCGCCUGAACGACUGAACGUUUGUUGCCGAGGCCUCAGUGACCAGAAGAUGCCGAGGUUCUCUCUCCUUCUGUCCGUCCUCUGCCUACUUGUUGCUGUUUGCGUUUCCUUUGCGGCCGCAAGAUCGCUGUGUCUGGAAGGGAACGAAGAAUGCAAGUUGCGGGAGCGAAGAGUAUGGCCUCCACCCAACGAGAACAUGGCGCCGUUGCAGUGGCCUCCCAAGUGGAACCCGGAGCCGAUGCAGUGGCCUCCAAAGACUAAGAGGACCGAAGAGGAGUCGCAGCUGGAAAAUGAGGUGGCAGCAAAGUUUGAGCGUCUCUGGCCGACGAUACGAAGAUUUCUGGAACAGCAUUAUAUGAAACCUGAACAAGAAUGACAUCCGGUGAUCCACGGCCACAGUCUGUUUCUUAACCAGGAAUGUUUCCCAAUCCAGCUGAGAGAGUUUUACACUGGACUGGCAUAGCGUGACGGAUAACGCCUUUUGGCUCCUGUGUAAUAUAACAAAGCAGACGGUUGUACUUUAGAGACCAUUAAGUAGAUGAAGCUCUGUGGCAUACCGACACACACUUACUGUAAAUUGGUUGUUAAAGUAGCAGCGAGUGUGAUGAUAAUAUUGUUGGGAUGAGGAUCACCUGUGGACUUUCUUGGAUGGCGAACCACUCUGAAACAAAGCGAUAUCAAUAAUCCGGGAGUCCAAAUUGUCUUGUAUGUCAUUUUCGCGGAAACAUUCCCCUACGCAGAACCUGCCAUCUGCCUACAU